AUGAUUAAAAUGGAAGAGGAUUAGACUUAAUAAUGCCAGCUGAUUAAAGUAUUUUUAUGCCUUGGAUAUGCACUGCAUAAAGAUGCCCUAGGAAAUAUUGAAAUGUAGGGAGAAUUAAAGUAGCGUUUAGAUUACUUGGUAGAAAAUAUUAAACAAUCAUAAUUUGAGCAAAAUGUUAAAACUGAAAAUCACUCAAUCAUAGUAGUCAGCGGAAGAGGAAAGGUAGAUAUAGAGUCUUAAUAUAUGGAAAAUUACUUGAUUGAAAAGCAUAAAAUAUAAAAAGACCGAAUUUUAGUUGAAAAAUAUUCAAUGAAUACUGUUGAAAAUUUUCUUUUUUCUUUUUACGAAUUGUGGAAUAGAUUUGAAAAAUCAGUUUCCUCUUUAUUAGCAAAGAAUAAAAUUAAUAUUGAAUUAAUUGUAAUUACAUCUGAUUUUCAUGUUAAAAGAGUUUAAUAUAUAGCAGAAGCCUCAUUAAAAGUAUUAUUACCUGCUUUCAAAAAUUGUUAUGUCUUGCCUUUAAAAUUUUUAGGUUCUCCUUCUCAUAGUGGCAAAACAGAAGAAGCUGCUAUAUUAUGGGAGAAAGCUUAAGAGAAAAUUAAUAGAAUAUUAAAUUUCUAAUUCGAUUUAAAUACAUUCAUGGCAGAAAGAUAGCUUACAGAAGAAGAUAAAAAUAAUUUUAUUUUAUUUAUCAAUUUAAUUAAAAAGUGA